GAAAAUUAAGGGUCCCUGAAACCAUGAGGCAGUAUGUGACAAGGAAUAUAAUUUUAACGCCUUUGCCCCUAAGGCAACCCAUGGGACAACCUACAUCUUCCAGGACACCUGUUUCCACUGCAUCCCCUGAGCAAUCUCUGUCUGUUGCAUACCCUGAGGAUGCACCUGAUCUGUCCAGGACUCCUGAGGAUACACCUAUGCCUGGUGUGUCUCCUAAGGGAGCACCUCUUCCUGCCAGUUCACCUCUGAAGUCAUCUGUGCUUGUUGCAUACACUGAGGAGGCACCUAUACUCACCACCUCCCCUGAGGGAGCACCUCUUCCAGCCAGAUCCUCUAAGGGAGCACAUGUGCCUGCAGCGUCCUUGGAAGCAGCACCUGUUCCUGUCAGCUCCAAUCAGGAACUGCCUGUGCCUUCCAGGAUCCUAAAAGGACCAGUUGUUCCCAACGGGACCAAACAGGAAGUAUCUGUGUCUUCCAGUACCCCAAAAGGACCAACUGAUCUGGACGAGUCUCAGUGGGAAGUGUAUGUGCUUUCCAGGAACCUGCAAGGAGCAACUGUUACUGACGGGUCACAACAGGAAGCACAUGUGCCAGCUAGGCCUCCAUGGAGGCAGAAACUGAGGGUCCCUGAAAAUAUGAGGCAGUAUCUGACAAGAAAAUCCAUCUUAACAUCUUUGCCUAUAAGGCAACCCAUGGGACGACCUAUACCAGCAGCAUCCUAUGUGCAAGCACCUGUGCCUGCUGCGUCCCCUGAGGAAGCACCUGUUCUGGCCAGAAUCCUGCAAGGACCAAAUGCUGCCAAUGGGUCCCAACAGGGAGCACCAGUUUCUGCCAGGCCCUCACUGUGCAGAAAACUAAGGGUCCCUGAAAACAUGAGGCAGUAUGUAACAAGGAAUAUCAUUUUAACGCCUUUCCCCUUAAGGCAACCCAUGGGACGACCUACAUCUUCCAGGGCACCUGUUCCCACUGCAUCCUCUGAGCAACCUCUGUCUGCUGCAUCCCCUGUGGAAGCACCUGUACCGGCCAGGUCCAAUGAGGGAGCACCGAUGUCCUGUGCAUCCCCCAGGGAAAUACCUGUACCCCCCACCUCUCCUGAGGGAGUGCCUGUGCUCUCUGCAUUGCAAGAGGAAGUACCUGUGCCUGCUGGUUCCUCUGAGGGAGCAGCCGUGUCUACUGUUCCAGCCAGAUCCUAUGGGGAAUCCGCUAGACCCAUCAGGUCCCACAAGAGAGCACACAGACUUACCACAUGCCCACAGGGGUCACCUCAGAAGAGGUCAUCCCCAUGGAGCAAUGAAGCUUCAGACAAUGUAGGCAUGGUUCAGCUUCCUCCACUGAAAAAAAACAAUGUAUGAAGGAAGACUGCACAGCCUUUCCAAGUUCUCAGCACAAUCUGAAGAGGCUGUGCCCAUGGACCAUUGGAGACUCUGAUGAUGGAGAUGUGCAUCAGCCUCCUCCACUUAAGAAACGAUGUGUGAGAAAAGCCCAGUACCUAAAUAGCACACCUGUAAAGGAUUGUGUACGUCAGGGAUUUCCACAUCAAAUGAAAGGGCAUCAAAUGAAAAAAGGACCUUGACUUUGCACUUUGCUACUUUGCACUAAUGUCACAGUGCCAACAUUGAGUUCGCAAGGUGGUGCAGUGAUCAACAACUGAAAUCACACUUCAAGGCACUGAUAACUUCCAUAAAGCUUGUCUGACUCUAGUGUGUCUGGGUAAAUUUUGUCAUGUUAUCUCACAUAAAGAACCAACAGUUCUGUUUGCAUGGUAGUUAUGAUUCAAAACCAAAACUCUUACUAAAUAAUUCACUCACUGUUUAAUACUGUCUGUUCUUAGUACCCUGAAAAUAUUCUGUGAUUAUACUACGCAUUAUUAAAUUUAAAUCAGAUAUAUUUGUACAUUUUAUACUAUUUAUGCCAUACAGUGACGUGUGAUGGCAAAGUAGAUAUAAAACGGUUUCUGACAGGUUAAAAAUAUAAAAGAAACAUUGAGUUCUUCAUCUGCAAUUUUUUUUCCCGGAUGACCUCGGUAGCCCCACGUGUGUGCUUUUAUAUGCAAAAUGACAUAAGGCUUUCAGUAUUAACAAAGCCUGCAAAGAAUGUGACGACUGUGUUUUAGGCCUACUGUAUAAUUCAAUAAACAAAUAGUCUGAUAUAGUUUAGACUAGGCAACAUUUACUCACAAUAGUCGUGUUUUGCUCCUAAACGAUUAGUGUUUUUAAUAAACCGAUGUUCUUUCUAUUUGUCCUACCCUGUCAGAUAUUGCUACAUCCCAUUAAAACAGUGGGUAGUAUACAAUUCGACAAUGAAAAAUGCGACUGUAAAUAUAUGGUUUAUUAACAUCUACAUUUACCAUCACCCCUAAACCUACCCUUACAGUAAUGCAAAUAUAGUAAUUAUGUGUUAUAAUAUGUUGUUCUAGCUAGAAGGGAUAGAGCUACAGGAAACCAACAAUAAAUAUUAUCUUUGUACCUAUUAUAUUGUUUUUUUUUUAUUUAAUUUUAUUAAAGUCUACACCUACAUCAACCCUAAACCUACACUUACAGUAAUGCAGAUACAUUAAAUGUUGUUCAUUGAUGUGCGCUGUAAACCCUGGUGGUAGGAAAAUCUGACAGGUAGGAUAAAAUGUAAUGAUUUGGUUUUCAACGAAUUAUUCAAACGACUCAUUGGUAAAGACGGUUAUUUUUCGCCAUUUAUUGGCAAAAUGAUGUAACUUGCAGAAAAAUUAAUAUAAACUCUUAUAUUACUAUGUAUACUUAUAUCUGAAUAUAGGUUGAUACCUGAGGAAAUGCUCCUCUUUUCAUUCUAAUACAGUGUUAACCAAGAAUCCUUCAAGAACGCAGUCACUGACUCAAAAGCUUCUACAGUCACUUCUGUUAAAGCUUUUGAGUCUGGAAAUGCAGAGAAAUAGACCAGCACGCUCAAAGAAUGACAGGCAUGUCCUGCACUCUUUUCAGCCCCAGCUGAGCUGUGUGCGCUUUUUU